CACGUCCGGGCGCAGUACGUUCGCACGCAAGCAUAACACCUGCGUUGACAGGCAGGCUGGGAGUGCUGAUGUAAUGUUGUUCCAGCGGUGAGUACGGAUGGCGGUGUGCGCCAGGCUUUGCGGAGUUGGACAGUCGCGGAGAUGUCGGAGGAGGCAACGACAACAGAAAGGCGACCCUGACUCAGAUCCUGGACUCGAGCUGGAUGACGACGAUGAAGAAGAGAACGAGGGGGUGAUGGACGAACGGAUAGUUAUUAAACGACAGGAUGCAAGCAAAGCAUUGGGUAAAGCAGAGGUAUCAACGGCUCCCGUGUCAUCUGCCUGUUCUACAAGUGCAAUCCUCAAUGGGCUGCCGAACCGUAACUCGCAACACAAGGGGUCGUCCCGUUUGCUGGAUCUGCCACCAGAGCUGCUAGUGGAAAUCUUUUCUUCCCUCCCUGGGACAGCACUGCCCAACCUGUCGCUGGUGUGCAAGAAAUUCCGUCAGAUCAUUAACACCGAGACCAUCUGGAGGAGACGGUGUAUAGAGGAAUUUGGCAUGUGUGAAGAUCUUCGGAAACUGGAGGUUGAAGGCCUACCCAGUAGAGAACUGUAUGUGAAACGUAUAAACCCCCGUGUAAAAUCGGGACGUUUCAUGAAGCUCCUCCCUGACUAUGAGCACAUGGACUACAGAGAUGUUUACGCCCACUUGCUGUUUCCUUACCGACACAUCCUCGGUUUAUGGCAACCCGACAUUGGACCUUAUGGAGGACUUCUCAAUGUUGUGGUUGAUGGUUUAUUUAUAAUUGGCUGGAUGUAUCUCCCACCACAUGACCCACGAGUUAAUGAUCCAAUGAGGCGCAGACCCCUUUUCCGCAUUCACAUGUGGGAGUCAAGUAAGGCAACAGUAGAGUGCAUGUAUGGCUAUAAAGGACCCCAUAAAGGAGACAUACAGACAGUGAAAAAGGAUGAAUUUUCAACAAAAUGUAACCAGACAGAUCACCAUCGUAUGCCUGGAGGAAGGCAAGAAGAGUUUCGCACAUGGCUAGAAGAGGAAUGGGGUCGAACACUAGAGGACAUCUUUCAUGAACACAUGCAGGAGCUUAUUCUCAUGAAAUUUAUUUAUACCUGCCAAUAUGAUAAUUGCCUCACAUACCGUCGCAUUUAUCUUCCUCCUCACCAUCCUGGAGAUGUGAUGAAGCCUGGACUGUUUAAGGGUACCUAUGGAAGUCAUGGAUUGGAAAUUGUAAUGCUCAGCUUUCAUGGGAAUCGAGCCAAAGGAACUAAACUCACAGGUGAUCCCAACGUUCCAGCAGGUCAGCUGACACUGGACAUUGAUCUUUCCCGAACCAUCCAACUUCCAGACAUAGACAAGCAGCGCAGUAUAGAUGAAUUGUCUCGACUGGUCAUGGAAGUACAUGAGCAAGUGCAGAGAGAACAACAGUUAGCCCAGAGAGAGGAUGCUGAUGUUGGCAAUGAAAAUAACCGUGCAUCAUUAGCAUCUGCCAAUAUCCCUUUACUGAAUGGGAGUCAGGAUGUGGAGGAGGAUGAUCAUGCAGAAAAUGAGAUGGAACAACCGUCGCAUGCAGAGGCAGCAGCUCACCAUCAAGAGUCUCAACCAUUCGUUUUGCCAGGUGGAGUAAUGGCUCGAAAUGAAGUGUAUCCUCGAACUUACCGCAUGUGUUUUUACGGCACAGGGCUGAUUGCUGGUCAUGGCUUUACCAGUCCUGAACGCACUCCUGGAAUCUUCAUCCUGUUUGAUGAUGAUUGCUUUGGAUUCAUCUGGCUGGAGCUCAAGUCCUUUAGCCUUUACAGCAGAGUAAAAGAUACACUACAGUAUGCAGAAGCUCCUUCAGCAGAAGCUUUUGAAGAAAUGCUCAAAAACAUGCAGUCUUGGAUAUCUUGACAAUCCAGCUUUUCCACCACGGAAUGACAGGGAUAUUACAUGGGGGGGAAAAAAAAGGUUAAAGCCUGACCUUGGUACCUCUCUCUCUUUCUCUCUCUAGUAGCAUGCACUUUUACACAUGGCAAAUGUAUACACUGCUUUUUACAGUUUACUACAGAAACAAUAAUUACCAUAAUUUAUAAAGAAUAUUAAAAGGACUAAUAGUUAAUGUGUCACAGAAUGCAAUUAUGGAGCAGGUGCAUAAAGUUAAAAAAAAAAAUAAUAAGAAUAAUCAGUAACAUAUAAUGAAUGAGUUAAAACAAAAUUUUGAUUUAUGGAAGAAACUGCUUAACAGUGUUGAUGUUGGCUGUGCAAGAGAUUCAGAAGCUCUAUGUUCUUCCUUUGAACUUCAAAACAAACUGUAAAUUAGGUAUUCAAAUUAUGGAGCACACAAUCUCAAAAUAAUUACAUGUAUUCUCGUACAGAGUGUAGGACAAUAUAUAUAUUUGACCCUUUACAAUGUUCUACAUCAGACGUCUCAUGUCGAGCACAAUAAGCACAGCUGCUGUCUUGUCUAGAAAAAUCACUACCAUAUUCAUUAUAGGAUAUGUAAUGUCUUGUGUUAUAGUCACCUUUGUAUCCUUAUUAUUAAUGUCUUUCUGUUUACAAUCAUUAAAAAGCAUGGUCUUUCAAGUGGGGUUUUUAUUAUUUCAUGUAUGGUUUUCAAAAAUUCUCCAUAUUACAUUUAUAUAUAAAGAUGUAAGCCAUUGUUAAGUUACUUUACUGUGACACUACAUUUGGAAAAGCACUCAAUUAUUUGUAACCAGUAUUUUAAAUGAAUAAUAAAAAGUACAAAUAUUAUACCAUUUCCUUCUACCAGAUGUUAAUAGUAAUGGUAUGCAGUUGGUACAUUUACCAGUAGACACUGCUAGGUGUUGUAAGGUUUAAAAUGCAAAAUAAACAAGAGAAUAUUGGCCACUCUUUUAUAGAGUCCCACACUCUAGUAAUUUUAUAUGUACUUAUGCUUUGGGCCUUACCACCCUACAUUGGAUAACUGGGCUUGAGAAUGUUAAGUAGUAUUGAUGUAAUAGUGCCUGAUUAUUGCAUUGUAGAAUAAUAAAUGGAUACAUUGUAUCAAUUCCUGAUAACACAUUGUAUUUUCAGAAUGAGUAAGAGUGAAUGUUCUGGUUCGAUUGAUCAUUUAGUGUUGAGUUCAGCAGAUUUAAUUUGUUCUCAUAGUCCAAACACAUGGUAUCAUGUUAACAGUCAUGCUUAUGAUCACACACAGACAUCCAUAUUCACUUCAAACCAAGGGGUUAUAAUAGGUUGCUAUUACAAUGAAAAGGAAAACCAGCAUUGAAAUAUUAAUGUAAAUUGUUGUAGGAAGAUUAGAUUAAGAAAAAGGAUGAAUGAUAUGGUACAUGUUUUAUUCUAUUUAUGCAACAAAAAAAACACUAGCAUCCCAUUUAUAUUUUAAUAAUUAUGUAUCCUCUACUUUUAGAUUAAAAAAAUGUAUUGCCCUCAAGGUUUUGCCUUCCUGCACCUAAGCUAAGACACAGAUUUUAUAAGAUUUUCUGUAACUCUCUAUGACAGCACGAUGAAACAUUGCCAUGUGGUUUUCUAUCAUAGCCUGUUAAAAAUCCACCUCACCAAUACUGUAUAUUAGAACUUGAGAUUUUGUGCUCCAUAUUGUUCAUUUUUUUUAAAUUUGCUUUGUUUGUUCUGUGUAUAAAUUUCAUUAAACCAGUUCUGGAGAACAGGAGUCUGAUAUUAACAGCUGUUUAAUAUUUAAAUUGACCCAUAAGCUCUUUCAUUAAUACAUUGGUUCAUAGUUGUCUAAUAUAAGUCAUAUUAAUAUCCUCUUGGCUGUUUUGUGUUUGGCUGCUUGUGUAAGGCUUUAUGAGCAUCUUCAGGUAAUUAGCAGUAACAGCUCAGACAGAAGGCUAGAAAGUAACUGUUACAAUGUUGUAUUUUAUUGGUUUUGGUUGUUGGCUAUUUGUUGGUCUACUGAAAAUUUUUCUCAAAUAACUAUAGUUUAAACAUUUUCAUGCAGUAUCAAGAAAGGAUGUCAUGGUAAACUGUAAUCUAUAGAAUCAUGAUUGCUGUUUAUCUUAUUCCUUAACAUGCCAGGUUUACUGUUCCCACUGUUAAGUUUCCAAUUUUCUACAUAAUGACCCAAAAACUAAAAUUUUCUUGAAGUCAAAUGACUUUUUAAUAUACAUGCCCUAAAUUUUAUAUUUUUGUUGCUCAGUACAGUAUCAAGCCAGAAAGUAAAAUAAGUCCAAAAGAUUGUUUUGUUGAGAAAAGGUCUGAUCAACAAGCAGGUUAAAAAUAGUGAUACACAGUGCACCAUGCAACAUUUUACUACUUGUCAUUUGCCAGACUUAUAUUAAUUAUGAAAAUAUGUAUGAUUUUAUUCCUAACGGACAUUGCUGUUGGUAAU